UCAGUCAGUGUCAGACGUGUGUCCAGUGUGUAUUAUCAAAAUGUUAUACAUAAUAUUAAUAACAUUGGUGAUAAUUUGGUAUUUAUAUGGAACCCGAACUUUUGGAUAUUGGAGAAAAAGGGGUAUUAAAAAUGAUGAACCUAUACCAUAUUUUGGAAACAAUUUGAAACAGUUUAUUCAAAAAUCUAGCAUUGCAAUGUUGGCUACAGAGGCGUAUAAAAAAUAUCCAGAAGAAACAGUGGUAGGUUUUUUUAGAAGUACUUCACCAGAAUUAGUGAUAAGGGAUCCUGAAUUAGUUAAAAGGAUAUUGAUUACAGAUUUUCAACAUUUUUACGACAGAGGAUUUAAUUCACAUAAAACAUCGAUUGAACCAUUAUUCAAGAAUUUAUUUUUUGCCGACGGUGACUUAUGGAAAUUAAUUCGAAAAGGCUUCAGUCAAUCCUUCAGUACUGGUAAAAUUAAAGCAAUGUUUUCCAUAAUUACUGAAAGGGCUGAGAAACUUCAGUUACAAGCAGCUGAAAUAUCAAAAUUAGAAUAUUAUGAUAUGCGUGAACUAAUAGCAAGGUAUACAACUGAUUUUAUUGGUGUAUGUGGUUUUGGAAUAAAUAUAGAUUCUUUGAAUGAUGAAAACUCAGAAUUUCGGAAAUUGGGAAACAGGAUAUUUCAUAGGUCAUUUAGGGACGCUCUUGUUGGAGCUUUAAAGUAUAUGUUUCCAAAUUGCUUCAAAAAUUUUCAUUUUUUAUCAAGUGAAGUAGAAACGGUAAUAAAUGCUUUAGUAAAGAAAAUACUUAAAAGUAGAAAUUAUGAGCCAUCAGGGAAAAAUGAUUUCAUAGAUUUGAUGUUAGAAUUGAAGAAAAAAGGUAAUCUUAUAACAGAAUCGUUGGAAUUUAGAGAUGAAAAUGGCUUACCGAAACUUGUUGAACUGGAAUUAGACGAUAUGAUAUUGACCGCGCAAUGUUUUGUCUUCUUUGGAGCUGGUUUCGAAACAUCAUCAACAAGCGCUAGUUAUACUUUACAUCAACUUGCAUUUAAUAUGGAGUAUCAGGAAAAAGUGCAAGCAGAGAUUGAUAGAAUACUACCAAAAUAUAACAAUAAGUUAACUUAUGAAGCUAUUAAUGAAUUGAAUACUUUAGAGAAGGCAUUUUAUGAAGCAUUGAGAAUAUUUCCUCCGGUUGCAUUUCUUAUAAGAAAGUGCACAUCACCGACAUACACAUUCCCUGAAAUCAAUCUAACUAUAAACGAGGGUGUGAAAGUUAUUAUACCUGUGCAAGCUUUACAUAAUGAUGAAAAAUAUUUUCACGAGCCAGAAAAGUUCAAUCCGGAUAGAUUUAGUACCGCAAAUGAGUUUAAAAAUAAUAUAUUUUUACCAUUUGGAGAUGGCCCACGUGCAUGUGUAGCUUCAAGAUUAGGAAAGGUCUUGGCUAUGGCUGGUAUUGCUGCUAUUUUACAGAAGUUCACCGUAGAGCCAUGUGCCAUAAGCAGGCUACAUCCUAUACCUCAACCUAUGGCGGUUGUAUCUGAAAGCUUUAUCGGCGGACUGCCGCUGAAACUAACUGAAAGAACUAGAAGCCUUUAAAUGUACCUAUGCUAUUUUUCAAAGUAAAAUAAUCACUUGGUGGUAGAGCUUUGUGUAAGCCCGUCUGGUAUUGUAUUGCUAGUGUAAUUUGAAAUUGGUAAAAGCCCGGUUUUUAUAUUCGAGAAACUAUUCGUUUUGAUCAGUACUACAUAUACUUCUUUUUCGGUGGGAAGUCUUAUAAUAUCAAAACGAACUUCUGUGCCAAAUUUAAAAUUUUCGCGAAAUUUGGUGUUUAAUGAAAUGUAGGAAAAUUUUCGAAUGCACCAAAAUUCUUAAUAGUGGAUUUAUAUGAUGCAAGAAAUUAAAUGAUAAUACGAUAUUUUGUCGUGAAAACAUUUAUUUCCCUUAGUGUUAUAAAUACAGUCGGUUGUAAUAUAAUAUACAAUUUAUUCGAUGUUGAAAAAGCUUAAAACUAUAUACGUAUAUAAAUGCUUGUUGGUAUGUCAUUGUCUUAACAAAUAUUGGUUUAUAAUCUAUAAACUACUCUAUACUAUUUUUAUACAAACGAAAAUAUACUAUUAGUAUGUUUUAGUUUUUAUUUUUUUUUUCUUUAUUGAAAUAAUAUUUAAAUAACUUUGAAAUUUAUUUUCAAUAACCAAUCGAGAGCACGCAGGAAUAGCUGAUCUAAUCAAUACAGAUUAAUAAUGAUAUCAGCUAAUUGUUGAUUAAAAUAUAUCUCCAAUAAUAAGUUUUAUUUCCGUUUGUAUGAAAAUAUUACCACCUACGGUUCAAACGACUAGCACUAACUUAUUCCUUUAAUGGUUAACAUGUUAUGUAUUUUCUGCUAUUUUAUCAAGGACAGAAAAUAAAUAAAUAUUUAUAUACCUAAUAAGUAAUGCAUUAAUUUGUAACCAAGCAGGUGUAGCACGAUCAAAAUGUUUAUAUAAUUUUAUUUUAAUAAUUACACACAUGGAUUGAAAAAUGUAACUUUUCUUUUAAAAUUUCCUAUGUUAAUGACGAUGACAAUGUUAAAUAUUUCUGAUGUCAGUCUGUAAAAUAAUUGUAAUUAAUGGACACACACAAUAUAUUAUGAUUAUUAAUAUUUUUUUUAAUAUUAAAAGUAAUAUUUACAGUCUCAAAUUAAACUUGGACAAGCUAAAAUUAUCACAAAUACUCAAUACAUUCAUCGAUCACACAUACAAUACUUAUAAUGCCGACGUAUUAA